AACUCUUGUUUGCUCCCAUAUAAAUAUGUGUCUGUGAUGAAUCUCUUUACACCUGUACCACCUCAUUGUUCGACUGACAUCCAGAAGUGAUGGGCUGGAUUCUCUAUGUCCUCUUGCUGGGCCUGCUGCUGCCAGGGUUGCAGGCCUUUAAGCCUUUACUGGGAAGCUCCAUCACUCACAUGGAGAUAACAGAGAUGGCCAUGCUGCGCAAAACCACAGAGGUCUGCCGAGCAUUGGCCAUCGCAGAAGGGAGAGACUUCUCCAUUCCGCCUGGUGAAACUCUGUCUGCAUCUGCCGUGCAGAGAGCGUGCUCCCCCAGUGACGGCUCUCUGCUGUCCGGAUAUAAAUUCAAGGCCACCAUCGUAACAACAUACUUGAGCAACGCAGCCGUGGAUGCCAUUUACGCUCUGAGUGAUUCACGCCACUUUGAUAAUGAGGCAUUCUUGGGCGGUCGGGCCCUCAUCACAGAGGGCAUAGCCAGCAUAAAGGCAAAUGUUCGGCAGGAGAACUUUAUCUCAGCAAGACUGACCCUGGGGGAGAUCUGCCACACCCUGCAGGAUUUCUACAGUCACAGCAACUGGAUUGAACUGAAUCAAAAGCACCCGAACACCAACCUGAUCCGACAAGAUCAAAGCAUUGGGAAUAUAGCAGAUAAAAACACACCGACCUGCAAAAGCUGCUCUGGGGGAGACUGCAAGGACAACAUCCUGCCAGAAAUCAUCAGUGAAGGGAAGCUAACCUCUGGCUAUUUUGAUCUUCUAUUCUCCUCCAAACCUGCAGGGAAAUGCAGUCAUGGCGGGUCUGCUGAUCGUACGAGUCGCCGGGACCCAAUUGGCGGGAUCAACAAGGAUGAUGAUGCAGCAGAUCAUGGACACCUGCACCGCGCUGCUGCCAACAUGGCCGUGAAUGCCACCAUGGAGCUGCUGGAGGACAUCCGGGGCGCCACCGGGGAGAAGGACUUCCUCCGGCUCAUGGGUAUCAGUCGUUCCUCUGUGCUAUGUUUUGUGAUUGACACCACGGGCAGCAUGUUUGAUGACAUCGAGGAGGCAAAGAGGGUGGCAUUCUCAAUCAUUGACAGCAAGAAAGGCACCCUGGAUGAACCAUCUGCUUACAUCCUGGUGCCGUUUAAUGACCCUGAUUUUGGACCUCUGACUCGGACAACAGACUCGGACAUCUUUAAGCAGAGCAUAAAUGCUCUCACUGCAUCAGGUGGUGGUGACCUGCCGGAGAUGUGUCUAUCAGGAUUGCAGCUGGCUCUCACUGGCGCCCCCCCAUCCUCUGAAGUUUUUGUGUUCACCGAUGCCCCGGCCAAAGACUUUGACCUGAAGAGCACAAUUAUUGCCCUCAUUGAGAGCACCAAGUCAGUUGUGACCUUCUUGUUGACAAACGCUCUCUCAGCUCGACGUCGAAGGAACACUGGUGUUGUCAACCGUAUGAGUCCACAAGGGAAUGAGCUGUACCAGGAAUUGGCUGACGCUUCUGGGGGGCAGGCCAUAGUGGUCACUAAAGGAAAUCUGCCCCAAGUCACUGACAUCAUUGUGGACUCCUCCACCUCUGCCCUGGUGACAGUUCUCCAGGUGGUGAGGGAUCCAGGAAGACCAGAUAAUUUCACCUUUGCAGUAGAUGCAUCCAUGAGAAACCUGACCAUCUAUCUCACUGGCAACUCCCUCACCUUCAAUCUCAACAGCCCAUCAGGUGUGUCUCAAACCAGUUCUGCCUCGGACGGGCCCCUGGGUACAAUAAAGGUAGUAGGGAACCUGUACACAAUUCGUGUGGACACUCAGGCAGGAUUAUGGGAAAUCAGCGUCACCUCUACAGAAUCAUACACUCUGAAGGUCACAGGACAAAGCAGCAUAGAUUUUGUCUACAACAUUGUUGAGGACCGUAAUGGGUUUGGAACUGAUUUUACCUUGAAAGAGGGCCGUCUCAAAGCAGGUGGGAAUGCCACCUUGCUGCUGUCAGUGGUGGGCGGGGAUUCCCCCACAGUGACAGAGGUGUCCCUGGUGGAGGUAUCGGGUUCAAGGGUGGAAAACGCCACCUUGACAAGGUUGGGGGGAGGGGAUUAUCUUGCAUCUGUACAGAGCGUCCCAGAUGGAAGUGUUGUUAUUGUGUUGAAGGGGGUGGAUGGGAUGCCCCGGUCCACCCAAAACAGCUUCCAGAGGCAGACCACCACCCAGAUGAAGGCUUCCAACCUGACUGUCACAGCCAUGGCAAAUGGCACCUUGGAGCCUGAGGUGCCAUUCUCUGUUCCCUUCAUUGUGACGUCCGGUGGGGUAAAGGGAAACUACACCAUCCGCUCACGAGACAACAUGGGUUUCAUCACAUUUUUUUCACCCAGCCUCUCGUUGGAGAGUAAGGACAGCGCACAGGGGAUAGUUCAGCUCUUGGCUCCUGGCAGUACACCGUCAGGCACAGACGUCACGCUCACCAUCGAGGCCGAGUCCCCUGGGGGUGACUCCAACUACGUCGUGCUCCGCAUCUCUGUCCUUAACAAGGUGACAGACUUCAGCCGGCCUGUGUGCCAGGUAAUUAGCGUGAGCAACAACUGCUCCAACAACUGCAGCCAAUCAGAGUGGGAGCUGUCCGCUAACUUGACAGACGGGAAUGGGACGGGCAUCCGGAGUGUGACAGUCCGCAUGGGGGAUGGCACCCUCAACACCACCACCUUUGUGGGGGAGGGGGGCAUCAACAUCACCAUGGCAAGAUACAACGGCUCCUGCUGCUCGCCGGAUGUAGAGUUGGUGGCGGUGGACGCUGUGGGCAAUGUGGGCACCUGCUUCCAUUCCAUCAGAGCCGCACCCAGCCUGGCACCCAGUGUGGCAACCAGCCCGGUAGCACACCGCACGACCACGCCCUCUGCCCCCAGUUCCACCAGCAGCGUGGCUGCUCUCAAACUGCCCCUCCUUCUCAUUUCCACUGCCCUCCUGGCUCCCCUCCUUUCUUAAAAGAAACUAGAAAUGGUUGCAUUUUCUGAAUAAAAUGUGAGUUCGCUUGCCAAGUUUAAAGCGUAUGAAUUGCUAGUUGUGCUAUGAUAGUGUACGUAUGUAGUUGUAGUAUGUAUUAGUGUGUUGCUAAUGCAUUGCUAUGGGGUUGUAAGUGUGCACAAGGUGGUUGCCAAGGUAUAUUGCAUGGAUGCUGGAGCCUUGCUAGGUGGUUGCUAGGGUCUUACUAAGUAGUUUCUAGGGUCUUACUCCUGGUUGCUAGGGUCUUACUAGAUAGUUGCUAGUUUGACAUUAUUAUUUCUUUGGUGUUAUUCAUCAUUUAUCACUGUUGCAAAUUCUAACAGGUUGUUGCCUUUGUCUUUAGUCACUGGAUGGAAAAGCUAUUUAAAUACAAUAAAUAAAGAAAAUAAAUAACAUUAAAAAGCA